AUAAACAGUUAGUCUGUAGCAGUGGAAGACCGCGCCUGGCGGUGGUAACUGCGGUAAAACAUAGUCUGCAGAACUGUGACUGUGGUACAGUGUGCAAGCGACGACCCCGCUGUGAUCAGUGACCUGGCCUGACCUGACCUGACCUGGGUCAAAAUAGAAGGAGAGAUAGUGACUACCCAGCGCUGCCCCUACAAUAUAAAAAGAGUGGCUGCCAUGAGGCUGUGCCGACUGCUGCUACUGCUGGGCCUGUGUACGGUCCUCGUCAGCUCCUCUUCUGCUCCUCAAAAGGAGGAGCCCACACGGCAGAUUUCUACCACCAUUCGCUCCGAAAAGAAACCGCCAACAAGAAGAAUGUCUUUCGCGACUCGUCGCCAGCUGGCGCGCGCGCGCCGAAUUUUGGCGCGUGCUGAUAGCGUGCCACCGCGCGGAGUGGGAGUGGUCGCCCGUUCGGCAAGAGGGCGCGCUCGGGCCGGCGUCGCGCCGCGCUUCGGAGGAGUGGCGCCACGCUUCGGAAGGGCGCGAGCCUCGGCGCGCGCUGGCUCGGCGGUGGCGCGCGCGGGACCUUUUGGCGCCACCGCCGGCCGAGCAACCGCUUCUGGCGGGAGCGCCUCAUCCUCGAGCGGGCGAGGCGCCUUUGCUGUCGCCUCCUCUGGUUCCGCGUUCGCCUCCGCAGGAUCCGCCUUCGCCUCCGCAGGCAGUUCUGAGGAAUACGACUACGACUACGACUACGACUACAGCAGUUUUGGAGAGCUGCCCCCCGCCCGGCCGGCCCUGUCAUUCGCGAUCUUCGACGAUACGUCGGUGAAGUUUCAGAGCAGCACAAAGUCGCCGGCGGCGACGGUAUCCCCCUGUACGUGGGGUGUGGUCAACUGUUGCAGCAACCCCGAUGUAAGGGUCAGCCGAGUGAUGUGCUUUGAGCGGCACGGAUGUUUCGGCUCGUGGUUUGACGACCUCUGCACUCCAACAGUGAAGAAGGGCGUUUUCCAAGAAGUGUUUGGCACUAUUCAAGGGUAAUGCGUAAAAAGGAAGACACAUAACUAUAGUUUUGAGGUUUUCAUAUAUUUCACUGAUAGUUAUCGAAAAAAGAAACACAACUUCAGGCUCUACAUAGAUUUAGAAUAUACAUAGUUGUUUCUGAGCACGAUUUAUUUUCAGAUACCUACACCUCAAUUUGGUUAUAUUACCAGAAUAAGCAAGCAAUCGCUUUAAAACUUCUUAAAAUCAGCUCAUUCGACUGGCUGGAAGACCCUCCUUCACAAAACUCACGGUUGGCUGACAGCAUCGCCGCGCUGUAGGUAUAUGGCGACCACGUAUAGGCGUAUUUUACGUCCCACUGUUUAUACUACAGCUGUUCCGUGUUCUGGAACCUCUCUGUUGAUCGCCAGAGGACGGCUGGACACCACAGGGUCCGAGUCUCAAAGAACGUCAGUGUUUGGAGACUGGAUGUUCAGUAUAAACAUGGCGCAAACUUCGUGGAUGACCUUGUCAUUAGUGUUAUGCUGCUGUAGUUGUGUACCCCUACGGGAUGUGGAGAUAGGAUAAAAGCAUGUUAUAUGAAUGUUACUUAGUAGGUACACUGUACAGUGUUAGUUGUAUUGGAGAUAUCACGAGAGUGUGAAGUGUCUCCGUUUUUGUAGCGCCUUUACCCUCGAAAGCAAGGUGGAAAGCACUACGAAUGCAGAUAGCAUUGUCAGUGGUCGUCUAAUUUCAUAGUUUGAUUUCGUUUGACCGAAAAAAAAAUGUCUUACAAUUGACCCACUGGUGAAUGCUGACAGAUUUGUUCGUUUCCACAUCUUGAGCAUUCACUAGUUAGUGUGUUCUGUAGCAUAAUACUAUCCACUUAUAAUGUUUUCUUGCAGUAUGUUCUGUACAUCACAACCGACAUUUAUGCAUGUGUCCAAUAUGUCUCGCUUACUACCUAUCCGUAGUGUCGGAUUUUCCGUCCAAUAAAUGCUCAAUACUGCA